UCGUAGUAGACUUCAACAGCUAUAUGUAUUUCGAGUUGCUCCGAAACCUUCCGCCGAUCAUGUAUUCGGCCCUCUUCCUGUCAUUUCUGUCAACCGCAUCUGCGGCAGCGGUCGACAGGCGAACUCCCGUUCCUGCUGGAUAUGUCGCAGCACCAUACUAUCCAGCUCCCCAUGGAGGAUGGGUCGACAGCUGGAGCGAGAGUUACCGAAAGGCUUCGCUCCUCGUAUCCAACAUGACCUUGGCCGAAAAAACCAAUUUGACUUCUGGUACUGGCCUCUUCAUGGGACCUUGCGUAGGCAACACCGGAAGUGCUCUACGCGCAGGGAUACCGUCUUUAUGCCUCCAAGAUGGACCUCUCGGUGUAAGAAACACAGAGCAGAAUACAGCUUUCCCAGCGGGUAUCACCGUCGGCGCCACAUGGGACAAGGCACUCAUGCACGCUCGUGGUGUUGCACUUGGUGAAGAGUUCCGUGGAAAAGGCAUCAACAUCCAUCUGGGUCCUUCUGUCGGGGCAUUGGGACGCAAACCUCGUGGUGGGAGAAACUGGGAAGGUUUCGGAGCUGAUCCCGUUCUCCAAGCUUUCGGAGGCGCUCUCACCAUCGAGGGCGUUCAGAGCGUCGGCGUGAUUGCAACAAUCAAACACUUUAUCGCGAAUGAGCAAGAGCAAUUCAGGAUGUACAAUCUGGUUCAACCGGGCCUUUCGUCGAAUGUCGACGACAGAACUUUGCACGAGCUCUAUCUGUGGCCUUUUGCUGAAGGCGUUCGAUCUGGCGUAGGAAGCGUCAUGAUUGCAUACCAAGCUGUCAAUGGAUCUGCAUGCUCACAGAACAGCGAUUUGAUCAACAAUCUCUUGAAAGAUGAACUCGGCUUCCAGGGUUUUGUAAUGUCGGACUGGCUUGCACAGAUUUCUGGAGUUGGCUCAGCGCUUGCAGGCCUAGACAUGAACAUGCCAGGCGACAUCCACACCGUGCCGCUUGUUACCGGAGAGUCACAUUGGAUGUAUGAAUACUCCAGAUCCAUUCUAAACGGAACAGUUCCAGUUGAUCGCCUGGAUGAUUCCGUAACACGGAUCCUCGCAGCGUAUUUCCAGAUGGGCCAAGAUCAGGACUACCCACGCCCCAAUUUCGAUGCCAACACUCUUGACGCGGAGGGUCCGCUAUACCCUGGUCUUUUGACCUCCCCACGAGGCGUUGUCAACCAGUUUGUGAAUGUACAGGGCAACCACGCUGAACUGGCAAGAGAAAUUGCUCGGGAUGCUAUCACACUGUUGAAGAACACUGAUGGUUUCCUGCCUUUGUCACCAAACGCGACUCUGAAGAUCUUUGGCACCGACGCGGAAAAGAACCCCGAUGGUAUCAAUUCGUGCGCUGAUCAGGGCUGCAACAAAGGCACCCUCGGCAUGGGCUGGGGUUCUGGCUCAGCCAGAUACCCUUACAUGAACUCUCCUAUAGAUGGAUUCAAAGCCCGCGGCGCUCCCUACACCUACUUCAACCGCGACAACUUUCCUUCCAACUCUAACCCAUCACCUUCUGACACCGCCAUUGUUUUUGUUACUUCGGACUCUGGUGAAAAUUACAUCACUGUGAUGAGCAACCCUGGAGAUCGAACGACCGCAGGCCUGAACGUUUGGUAUGGCGGCGACAAGCUCAUCAAAGACGUUGCCAACGCAUACUCCAACGUCGUUGUCGUUGUACACACUGUCGGUCAAAUCAUCAUGGAAGAGUGGAUUGACUUGCCCUCGGUCAAAGCAGUUCUAUUCGCUCACUUGCCUGGUCAAGAAGCCGGUGACAGUCUCAUGGAGAUUUUGUACGGCGAUGUCUCACCGUCUGGUCAUCUCCCUUACACCAUUCCCACGUCCGAAGACAACUACCCUGAGAGUGUAGGUCUCAGGGGCUUCGAGAUCGGACAACCCCAGGAUACAUUCACCGAAGGUCUCUACAUUGAUUAUCGCCACUUCCACAAGGAAGGUAUCCAGCCUCGCUAUGCCUUUGGCCACGGACUUAGCUACACGAACUUUUCGUACUCCGAGGCAACUAUUACCCCAGUGACACCUCUGACCUCCACGCCUCCUACGCGUCCCGCCAAGGGAGAAACCCCAGAGUACUCAACAGAAAUCCCCCCCGCCUCGGAAGCAUACUGGCCUGAGGGUUUCAACCGAGUCGGUCUCCGCUACAAAUACUCCUUCCUCGAGAAGAAGGAUGCAGACAACGCAGCCGCCGACGCCAACUCUAGCAAAACAUACCCCUACCCUGCCGGAUACUCUGAUGAGCAAAAGGCCGAAGGACCACCCGCGGGCGGCGCGCAAGGUGGAAACCCCGCUCUCUUCGAAACCGCCUACGACAUCUCCGUUACCGUCACCAACACUGGCUCUCGCCCAGGCAAGGCUGUCGCACAGCUCUACGUUCAGUUCCCCGCUGGCAUUGCCUUUGACACACCCAUCAUCCAGCUCCGUGACUUCGAGAAAUCAGACGAGCUACCCGCGGGCGAAUCGCAAACCCUGAACCUCCGCGUCACCAGGAAGGAUCUCAGCGUGUGGGACGUAGUAUCCCAGAACUGGAUCGUGCCUGAUGUCAGUGGCGACUACGGUAUCUGGGUUGGCGACAGUUCAGACACGCUCGGAUUGAGGUGCGGCACUGCAACGGGCUCGUGUGAGACCGGCGUCGAGAGCCCCGUGUAG